AUGUGGGACCCGCUCUCGGGCCCAGACUACGCUCUUCUCGCGUUGGUGGGCCUCCACCAGGCAAGUGUGCUGGUUCUGGCGGUGGUAGUCCACCUCAUCUCGUGCAGGGACUGGCCUCCGUACCUCGUCAAGAACGUUCCAUUAGUGUGCGUCACCGGGGUUGCGGGGUUCAUCCACCUGUCGGGGGUGGUGAUAUCCUUCGGUUUUUGGGAGUACUCGUCGCCGUCGCUAUGGUCCAACUGCUUCUUCCAGGGAGUCUUGGUAUCCACGGGCGCGGGAUUGUAUUUCGCGGGCGCAGUCGUCAGGGUGUAUCGAAACUACAAGGUGUUGAUGCUGCACACCGUGGACAUGUUGCCUCCCACGGUACAGAUUUUGAUCGUGCAGGCCCCGAUGUGGGUGGCGGCUAUGUUCUUGCUUAUUCCUUCGGUGGCCAGCUUUGACUUCGAAGCAAACAGGUGCAAGGGUAACGCGCGUCACGUGCUGCUCGGCGCUUUCAACUACGCGGGGCUGCUGGUGAUCGGGUCGGUUUACCUGCUCUGGAAGAUGAGGGAUGCUCGCAGACAGAUGACCGAGUAUCGGGCGAUGAUGGUAUCCCUGGUGUCACUGUUGGUGAUGUUGGCGGCGGUCAACCUGACGGCGGGGAAGAUAGCGGAGGACGACACCCUCACGCGCCGCAUCGCCUUGCUCAACAACAUGGUCAGGGGCCUCCUGCUAUUCUGGCCCGUGAUCUUCACGCCUCUCUGCAAGUACGCCAAGCGGGACCAGCGAUACGCAGAGCGGUUUUCGGCGGGCAUGAGGCCGUCCAUCACUCCGGCAAUGCUCAGGGCGUCUCUCGCUGACCAGCUCAAGGUGGACAAACUGUGGGCACUGUUCGGAAAGAUAGCGGAGGAGAGACUUCCGCCAGCCUUGCCCGGGUUCUACAAGGCGGUGAUGGAUAGAGAUAAGGAGGAGGGCCACUUUCAGAGGCAAGCCAUGACGAUGGACAUCAUUGACACAUACAUCGCGGACAAUGCGGUCUGCAGGGUGGACCUUACAGAAGCCUGUCGAGAUAGGAUAUUGGCUUCAGAGGUCACCAGGUAUACCAUCUUCAGUGAGGCAGCCGCGGAGGUGCUAGAGGUGCUGCAGGAGAGGUGCGAGAUGGCCUUCCAGGCAAGCCCGGCCUAUGAGGAGCUGCUGCGAAAGGCGGAGCAAGACGAGGCCCAGAUGGAAGCCCUUGACAAGGCGAAUCUCCUGCCGAAGCGAAAGGGCGUGGGAUUCGACUUCGACGAACGCCAAACCUACAACUCGAGAUCCGACCGCUGGACAAAUUCGACGGUGGCCGCUAGCUUCGCUGGUUGAGCCAGAUCUUCUGCCGAGUGCAUACGCUGUACGACCACCGCGAGCAACACGUGCCAGUGCGUGAAGGGUCCAAGCAGAGAAAGUGAUCUGCCGAGAUUCCUUCCGGGGGGGCCGGGGGAUUUCUUUUGUCUUUGAUAUUCCAAGUUUGCAUGCCGUCGUCCCAAGUUUAGUUUGACGAGGCGCACAGGGGCAUACAGCAGUUGCAGCCGCCUGCAGUGUCGGAACCUAUCGUUACCCUACAUGUAGCCCUGAGCCGUCGAGCGUAUCGCCGCCGCCGGGGGGAGUGGCAUGCGGGACCACAGGUUUCUGAUAUUGUAGCUGUAUAGCAGUGUACCUCGAUCGUUGUUGUCUGUGGCUGCUUUUUUACUGUUUUUUUUUCGCAAGAAUCUCUUUGCAGCUACGUUGUUUUGCCCAACGGUGUGUUCGUAGGGUACGUACCGAGGCAUACCGACGGUAUACUAUUUCCGCCGGUAUAUAUAUAUGCCCUGCCGAGCGUCUCGGUACAAUCUGUAUAGGCUUCAUACCCUACCGAAAAUCUCGGUGCGCUCGGUGUAGAUCUGAAUGCAAUACCGUACC